AUUAACUUGCAUGACCAUUUGGUGGCUCUUACAAGGGACUCGAGGUUUCCUAGUGGAGUAUCACAUAUGUGACUCGUCAUUAUCCGGCAUCUCGGUACUUAUCACACCGCACUAACCAUGGGCAAAUUUCAGGGUCGCAAGCUCGUGGCCUGCACGGCAUGCCAUUCUCAAAAGUUAAAAUGCAGUGGAGAUAUUCCAUGUCACCGGUGCGUUCAACGAAAUAGAGAAUGCGUAUAUCCAAAGAAAGACAAAUUCAUCACAGUGCCAGAGAGUUAUCUUCGUGGUAUCGAAGAAAAGGCCAAUAUAAAUAGUCAGUUCAGCUUCUUGGCUGGAACGGACGAUUCAACGGCGCUUUUCGAUACAAGCCAAUUCUCUCCUACAGCUGAAGCGAGUCAUAGAAAAGAACUGUGCCCAGCAGAAAUCUUUAUACAAAAGCUGACAGAUAUUUCUGCCUUGCUACACCCAUAUAUACAGACAGAAUCAUGUCAGCAACUACAAGUGGGUGAAGCCGGUGAAUUUGUUCCUUUUCGUCUGAAAUCUGAGGAUGGAGGGGCUCAGAUGUUAGUAAAGCUUCCAUCAGAAAAGCAGGCUAUGCAUCUUUUACGUAUCUUUGAAGGAGCAAACAGUGAAUAUCACUGGUUUCUCCGUCAACGAUUUAGAGAUCGGAUACGGCAGACAUACUCCCAGCCUACAAGUCACGUCGACGAUAGAAAUUGGUUCUGCCAACUGUCCCUUGUUUUGGCUCUGGGCCAAGCUCUGGAGAAGGAGCCAAAACAAGAGUCUGAAGAGACAAACGACCCAUGGGAUUUCAAUCAACCUUCAGCUCCAUUAGAUCUUUUUGGACAAGCUGUGUCUUUGUUAAUCAUCUCAGAGACUCUAACAUUAGAAAACCUCGAGACAUUAAAUCUCAUGGCUUAUUACUGCCACUACACAAAUCACCCGAAGGCAGCUGUCAUUUACAUCAGCCAGAGCGUAGCACUAUCAAGGCUACUCCAACUUGACGAUCCAGAUACAUACCAACCCAAGAUUUCAGAGCGGCAAGACAGUAAAGGCCGAUGCAUCGCCAAAGAGCACAUGCUUCGGCUAUGGUGGACGACUGUCUGUCUGGAUAAGACGCUUGCUUCAGAACUUGAAAUGACGCCAGUGGACUUGAUCCCAUCUCUGGAGUUGCCGUUGCCGUCUUCAGAAGGUUUAUCAUCGGAGGAUGAGGAGGAGUUCUUCGAUUUGGAGCUGUUAUUGGCAGAGAUCCGGUCUUGAAGUGAGAAGCAGGUGCCAACUGUGUUGUCUUGCUCACGCAUACUCCCAGUCGUCAUAGGUCUUUUAAGGCUAGGGAGUCAUGGUAAUGAAAUAACAGGGUGGAAUUUCAAUGGGACAGUCAUCUAAGUGCAACAGAGAGGUUUUCUGCUUUACCUUCCAGCGACAGGUAUGCCUCGGUGAUCGAUUAACUGGUUCAGUCUCUGUAUGGUAUGUUGAAGUCGUAAGUAGUGGUCCUUGAAAGAUAGCCUGGCC